AUGAAGAAGCAAAACGUCCGGACCCUAACGUUGAUCGUCUGCACGUUCACCUACCUCCUCGUCGGCGCUGCCAUAUUCGACGUACUCGAGUCCGAGACGGAGAAACGACGAAAGGAAGCUUUGGAUGCCAUUGAGAAAAUGGUAAUACGCAAGUACAACAUUAGCGAAGACGACUUCAAGAUCAUGGAAACGGUGGUGCUCAAGACGGAACCACACAAGGCUGGCCAGCAAUGGAAAUUCGCCGGAGCUUUUUAUUACGCGACCACGGUGCUCACUACUAUUGGCUAUGGACACUCCACGCCGAACACCAUAAGCGGAAAACUCUUCACGAUGUUCUACGCCAUCGUGGGGAUUCCGAUGGGCCUCGUGAUGUUCCAGAGCAUAGGAGAACGUUUGAACAAGUUCUCAUCCGUCGUUAUACAGAAUGUGAAACGUCUGCUGAACUGCAAAGAUGUUCAGGCCUCGGAGACCAAUCUAAUUUGCGUGGUGACGACCCUGUCGAGCUUAACCAUCGCCGGGGGAGCCGCGGCGUUCUCCAAGUACGAGGGCUGGUCCUACUUCGACUCCGUGUACUACUGCUUCAUCACCUUGACCACCAUUGGAUUCGGCGACAUGGUCGCUCUUCAGAAGGACAAUGCGUUGAACAACAAGCCAGAAUACGUAAUGUUCGCUCUGAUAUUCAUCCUCUUCGGGCUGGCCAUCGUGGCGGCUUCGCUGAAUCUCCUCGUCUUGCGAUUCGUCACGAUGAACACGGAGGAUGAAAGGCGGGACGAAGCGGAAGCUCUACAAGCUGCCCAGGGUGCGGUUCGCCUGGAAGGCGACGUGAUCACGGCAAACGGCUCGAUACUGUCAGGCCAGGUCGGCAACCACGGCGAGACGAUAUCGCUGGACGACAACGCGUCGGUCUGCAGCUGCAGGUGCAGCGGACUCUACAAGAGGCGGCGGAGGCCGCGAUUUACGGUGCGCCGUUCCCCGGGGAAGAUCUCCCACCUGCUGCCGAUGCAGCCUCUGCCAGCCCUUAACGUGACCGAGCUGCAUCUGCCACCCUCGACGCCGCUGCUGCAGCUCCCGUUGCACCUGCACAGAGCCAGCAUUUGA